AUGUCGAAGCAAUUCCAGUUCAAGCUUGUCCUUCUGGGCGAGUCUGCUGUGGGUAAAUCAAGUCUAGUGCUCCGCUUUGUGAAGGACCAGUUCGAUGACUACCGGGAGAGCACAAUCGGAGCUGCAUUCUUAACUCAGACUGUCACCCUCGAAGACCAAACCACCGUUAAAUUCGAAAUAUGGGACACGGCUGGGCAAGAACGAUACAAGUCUCUCGCACCCAUGUACUAUCGCAAUGCUAAUUGUGCUGUUGUACUCUACGACAUAACGUCGUCAGCCACACUUGAGAAGGCACGAAACUGGAUCCGCGAACUCCAGCGCCAGGCAGACCCGUCCAUCGUCAUCGCACUAUGCGGCAACAAGUCAGACUUGGCUGCACGGCGCCAAGUAAGUGAGGAAGAAGCAAAGAAGUACGCUGAGGAGGAGGGUCUAAUGUGGGCCGAGACGAGUGCGAAGACUGGGGAUGGUGUCAACGAGAUCUUCACUGCAAUUGCUAAGAAGCUCCCACUGACUGCUCCUCCGCCAUCGGCACGUGCUGGAGCCAGUCGUCCCGGUGGAAGGACUGGGGUCGACUUGAACAAGCAGACGACAGCCCAGCCAGGCCAGGAGGCGUGCAACUGCUAG